GUUGCGCAAACACAUGAGAUGCCAGUUAGUGUUACAACUUUGGUGAUAAGAGCCUCCAAAACUCCUAUUAAAAGAUUUUCGUUACAAUCACAUCAAAACUGGUCGAGUGAUAGGCCAAAAUGGAUUACUCGUGGCUCGCGACGUUGCUAAGGGUGUUGCUUCUUUUUGUGGCACCCCUCGCCUUUCUUACGUACAAGAGCUUGAAACAUUUCAAGUUUGUGUCGAUCGUGGAACGAAUUCCGGGGCCAUGGGCAUUGCCUUUGAUCGGCAACGCAUCACUCAUGAUGCGCCUCAGCUUGUCAGAGAUGUUCCAGUAUGUGAGCACCAACGCCUUUACCGAAUUUGGACACCGGGUGCGUUUUUGGCUGGUGGACAAACCGCAUGUAAUGAUUACAAAAGCGAGCGACUGCGAAAAAAUUAUGAAGGGCAUGCAGCACCAUAUGAAAAGUUUAAACUACGACUUGAUGCUGAAGGAAUGGAUGGGGGAGGGCCUUUUGACAUCUAAAGAUGAUAAAUGGCGCGUGCACAGGAAAAUAUUGACACCCGCAUUCCACUUCAACAUUCUGCACGAAUUCUUGCCGAUUUUAAGCAAAAAUAGUAAAAUUCUGGUCGAGCAACUCAGUCAACUUCCUGAAUACAAAUCUGGAAAGGACUUUAAUAUUUUCGAAACUGUCUCGUUGUGCGCUUUGGACAUUAUUUGCGAGAGUUCCAUGGGCACAGUGAUCAACGCACAAAGGAGCUCGCAGUCACCUUACGUACAAACCGUCAACAAGCUUAACGAGCUUGUUGCGUUGAAGUACUUCUCGCCUCGGCUUAGGUUUAAUAUUUUCUACAAAUUUUCCAAAGUUAAAAGAGACACGGACUACCAUCUGAAAGUAUCAGCCGACUUCACCGAUAAAGUCAUCAGAGAAAGGAGGCAAUACCUGAACUCGCUCCGAAAGGAAAAUGAGGCUGGAAGAGAAGGUGAAAAGAAGCACUUGGCAUUUUUAGACAUGCUCCUGGACGCCGAGAUGCGGGGAGAGAAAUACAUGACCGACAAAGACCUGAGGGACCAAGUCAGCACAUUCAUGUUUGAAGGCCACGACACCGUGACAACGGGUACUUGCUGGGCCCUCUUCAUGCUUGGCACUCACCCUGAAAUCCAAGAAAAGGUAGUAGAGGAACUUGACCAGGUUUUUGGAGACACGGGAAGGGCACCGACGAUGAACGACAUCGCGGAAUUGAAACUACUCGAGCGUUGUGUGAAGGAAUCUCAGCGGCUUUACCCUAGUGUUCCCUUUUACGAAAGACACCUUCGGGAGGAUGCAGUGCUGGAUGAUGGAACCGUGAUACCAGCUGGAUGCAGCGUUGGAUUUUCAGUAUACAGAGUUCACAGAGAUCCUGAGCAAUACCCCGACCCUGAGAAAUUCGACCCUGACAGAUUUUUACCCGAAAAUGCAGUGGGUCGUCAUCCAUACGCAUAUUUACCCUUCAGCGCCGGACCCAGGAACUGCAUUGGACAAAAAUUCGCUCUGAUGGAGGAAAAGGUCGUUAUUUCGACUUUACUAAGGAAAUUCCGAGUAGAAGCGGCGCACAAACCUGAAGAGGCGGAAUUACAGAUGGCCCUGGUUUUGCGUCCGAAGAACGGUUUACGCAUCAGGCUCUAUGAGCGCACUUCACACCCACACCUUGCGAUGCAGAGAUCAAUCAUCAAUGUCAAUCGGCUUUCUGCGGUCAAAAGGAUGUUGGCAACGAUUUCAUUGGUCUGGCCGCUGGUCAGAAAUGCGCUUUUGAUUGUCGUUCCCGUACUUUUCUUAACUUUCAAAACUGUUAAGAGACUAAAAUGGGGCUUCGCCGUCGACAAAAUACCGGGGCCGAUAGCAUGGCCUCUCAUUGGAAACGGACUUUUAAUGGUCGGAGUGACAAUGACAGACCUUUUUAACUAUGUCUGCACGACUGCAUUCGAGGAGUACGGCAGGCUAGUUCGAUUUUGGGUCGUCAAUGAGCCGCAGGUGCUGAUAAGCACCGCGAGAGACGCAGAAAAGAUCAUGCAGGGAAUGCAGCACCACAUGAAAAGCUCUAAUUAUAGGUUGCUCAAGGCCUGGAUGGGGGAUGGCCUCCUCACCUCAAAAGACGAGAAAUGGAGAGUGCACCGAAAAAUUCUGACCCCAGCCUUCCACUUCAACAUUCUGCACGAGUUUUUGCCAAUAAUAAAUAAAAACAGCAAAAUAUUGGUGGACCAGCUUGAGAACUCACCUACCAUAAAGAAAGGAAACGAAUUUAACAUCUUCGAUUAUGUAUCACUCUGUGCGCUGGACAUCAUCUGUGAAAGUUCAAUGGGAACUUCAAUAAAUGCACAGACUUCAGCGGAUUCUCUGUACGUCAAGGCAGUCAACAGGCUCAACGCAAUUGUAACCGAAAGAUAUUUCUCACCGGUACUGAGAUUUGACAUAUUUUGGAAGUUCUCCUCGUUGAAAAAAGAAAUGGAUCGCUACCUGAAAAUUUCAGACGACUACACUGACAUGGUUAUUGAAGAAAGAAGAAAAUAUUUGCACUCUGGAAACAAAAAGAAAAACCUGGCAUUUUUGGACAUGCUUUUGAAAGCUCAGGACGAAGGCGGGAGAUUUUUGACAAACGUUGACAUUCGAGAUGAAGUUAGCACGUUCAUGUUUGAGGGCCAUGACACGGUCACAACAGCCACAUCGUGGGUUCUUUUCAUGAUGGGCACGCAUCUCGACAUUCAAGAGAGAGCAGUCGAAGAGCUCGAGGCAGUGUUUGGCGAUUCAGGAAGAGCGCCAACGAUGAACGACCUCACAGAACUCAAGUUCCUCGACAGGUGCAUCAAAGAGUCUCUGAGACUGUACCCGAGCGUGCCAUUUUUCGAGAGACACCUCCGUGAAGACGCAGUUCUCCAUGAUGGAAAAGUUAUCCCUGCUGGCUGCAACAUCACUAUCAUACCCUACAGGAUACAGAGAGACCCUGAAUUUUUCCCCGACCCAGAGAAGUUUGAUCCUGACAGGUUCCUACCAGAAAAUUCGCAAAAGCGACAUGCAUACGCCUAUGUUCCGUUCAGCGCCGGGCCUCGAAACUGCAUAGGACAAAAAUUUGCCAUUAUGGAAGAAAAAGUUGUCGUGUCCACUGUUCUUAGAAAAUUCAGGGUCAUGGCGGCUCACACAUUGGACGAGACCGAGUUGGAGGUUGCAAUGAUACUUAAACCGAAAAAUGGUUUGAGAGUGAAGCUGUAUGAAAGAACUGACAAACCAUCACUCAGUAUGCAGUAAAAUAUAACAACAUCAUAAAAUCUAACAAUAGAUGGAUAUUAGAGUCGUGGGAUAAGCGACCAUACAUUUUGCGUGUAAAUAUCGUAAAUAUUCCUUUUUACUAAAAUCUAUAAUUAUUUAUAUUGGAGGUAUGAAUGUAAUGUAGUUUAGGAAAUUUUGUAACUUUUUAUAAUGUACAUAUCAUAUACUACAUAAAACGAAAACUAUUACAAGUGCAUUGUAUGAUGUACGUACAUAUGUAUGUUACUACAAAUUAUGCAUACAUAUGUAACCAAACUAGCCAAUAAAAACAGUUUUUUGAAAUGCA